UCCCCCGGGCGCCGUCCGUCUCUUAAAACCCGCGCCUUUGACUCGCUCGACCACGCGUCCUCUCCCAUGGUGUCCGGCACUCCAGAUUCCAAAUCCGGCAACCGGAUCGGCGAAUCCAGGCAGCCAUCGUCGCCCAGCAAGCAGUCUCCGGCGGCGAGAUCGAUGACUGCCGGCGGCGCGGGCGCGGUAAGGCGGGCGGUGGACAGGGCGUGCGCUGGCGCGAGGGCGGCUCGGCGCGCGCUGACCCGGUUCGCGCCGCGGCCGUCGGCGUUCGGCGCGGCGGCGGACGCGGAGGCCGCGGCGGUGCGCGGGGUCCGCAACGCGCGCACGUUCCGGUACCACUACGCGGCGCUGCAGUGGGCGCUCCUCCUGGCGUCGCUGGCCGCGGCGGGGCACCGGGCGUCGGUGCUCUUCCUCAUGGCGGCUUCCAAGGUCCUGAUCGUCUGCGUGGGCUUCCUCGGGGCGUUCCCGCGCUUGGCGCUGCUCCGCCGGCUCGUCGCCGCGGCGUUCGUCGCGCUCGUGCUCGCCGACAUCGUCGCGGCCGGCGCCGUCGCCAACCUGAUGGCCGCGCUGGCCGUCGGCGUCCCGGUCAUCGUGCUCCACGCGUCCUUCCGCGUCCGCGACGACCUCGAGGGGCCCUCUCCGGAGAACGGGGAGGAGGAGGAGGCGGCGGUCGUGGAGAAGAAGGAGGACGGCGACGUCGAGGCUGGCCCCACGCGGCGGUCCACGGCGGUGACCCCGAGAUCGCCAAAGUGACAGAAUACCGCGAUCUAGCUGGCUAAUCGAUCAGAAAAUUCAGAGGCCUUGGUCAAAAUUGUCUCACACCCUUGACUGAUUCUUGAUGAUAAUUCAAUCAUCUGGGCAUAUAGUUUUUUGGUGAAGUUUCCAAUCGAGCUAUAUAUAACAACUAUAGACGAAGAGUGAGGAUUAAUCAACUCUAUUUUAAUGCUAUGACAAAUCUUUGAUGAAAUAUACAUUUACCGGAAAGAACUGAAAUACAAAAUGCAUGAUUUCUUGUCGCAA